AUGUUUUACAGCCAUGAAAUCCUCACAUCGCCCGAACAUGGCGUUGCCACAAUCUGGCUCGUUGCGACUCUGGGCUCACGCUCUAUCGCCAGAAGACUGAACCGAAAGGCCAUUCUGGAAGUGGAUGUCCCCAAUGCUUGCAAGGUUAUCACUAACCCCGAUGCACCAAUGGCAUUACGACUGCAGGGAAGCUUGCUAUACGGCGUCUCACGAGUCUACAGCCAACAAUGCGGCUACACCCUUCUCGACACGCAAACAAUGCACGACAACAUGAUUUCGAAGCUGAAGAUCAUAGCAGGAAGCGGACUCGAUCCUACAGCCGGCCAGACAAAACCGAGCAACCUCAUCCUCCCCUAUGACCCAGCGUUUCUCCCUGAAACGGGGCUCCCAGGUCUAGAUAUCGACCUUUCAAUCCUAAACGGCGCAUUCGAAGACCCUUCAACCCAGCUCAGUGGUCUGUGGCUGAAAUCGCCGAAUAAUAGCUCCUCGGGUGUUUCGCCUAUGGGAAGUUUGCAGAUUGAAAUGCCGUCUGAUGACAUGCUCGGAGAGGGGACGCUUAUGGGCCUCGAUGAUAUCUACGGCUCUGGGCAGAAGAAGGGUGUUUUCGGUCAGAUUACUGGAUUGGGGCUGGGAAAUGAAGAGGGUGGUCUCCUUCAAGCUGAUUUUGAGUUUGAUGAGGAUGGAAAUCUCGUUGAGCUUGGUUCUCCCAAACCAGGUCGGAAAUCUUCUGUCGGUCCCCUGGGAGGUGAUGGUCCUGGCCAAGGACAGGGCUGGGAUGGAGAUCAGAUGCAACUUGAUACCGAGAUGCCGGUGUUAGCCGGAGACAACAAUAUGGUUAAGCUCGAUACUCAGACCAGAAAAUUAAAUAUUAUACAGGAAGGGAAAGAUCAGGAUCAGACCGAGGAGAUUGAUGUCCCAGCCGUGGGAGCUCGACAGGUUCGACGCCCGAAAGAUAUCAUCAUCGAUGAAAACACAGCGCUUCGUAAUGCGACAAUGGCGGAGUGGAACAACGAAUACGUCUUGAACAUGGCUCGAGCCAUGAAGCAAAAGAUGCAGAACAAGCUACCAACACUAGCCAAGAAGAACGCCGCGUUCUGGGUCUUCGGCCAGGGAAUAGGUUCCGUGGGUGUCAGACUAGGAAUGUGGAACGAACUGCAUCCUCUCAGUCUGUACUCCGGCGAAGACCUCUUCGACGCCAUCGGCGGUUACCCGCAACAGAACGGACAUAAGCGCGCCCAUGAAUACGAGGAAGAUGAGCAGGGACGUCGAGUCCGCGCCAGGGAAGAUGAAGAGGCGAAGCAUCUCAGCCGUGAGAAUAUCGACCGUCUCAACAUGGACGUUGAAAUGGGUCGUGAUGCGCCUUCCAGUCUAUUCGAUGAUCAUUCAUCCCACAUGCCAUGGAACAUCACCGCCUCCAUCCAGAGCUCCCGCCACGGACACCAAUACGGCAGUGUCAGUGAGCUCUCAUCUCGAAACCGCAAUGGCUCCAUCGGUCCAAGAGCCAGAGGACAAAACCGUCUCACCAGUGCUAGUCCCCUCGCCGGACAUGGCUACCGCACCGGACAUGAACGACUCAGCAGCAUGGAACUCCUGGGUGAUUUCGGCGACGAUCUUGACCUCACCCGGUAUCUGGAAGGCGAGCUUGCAACAGACCGCGAGACUAUCGAGAGUAUCUCUUCGCGUCGAAACACAGCCCUGGAGCGUGUCGCGUUGACGCUUGAUCGCGAAAGCUUGAAUUUCUUUCAUUUCAUCAAGAGUAAGCUGGAGGGUUCUGCUGAUGAUGAUGAAGGAAGCGUCGGAGGAAGUCCCGGUAGUAUUUUGUCUGGUACUAUCUCGAACAAGACUGGACAGACUACAUUUGCAACUCUCCUUCCUCUUGCCAGCACGACGCGCGCUGUCGCGACUCAGGGAUUGAUGAAUGUACUCACACUUGCUACGAAGGGUGUGGUCGAUGUACACCAGGGCCCCUAUGUCGAUGAGAGCACUGACGGACUGGGAGUGCGCUACCGCUAUGGCGAGAUUCUCCUGCGCCUAUCUGGAAUGUGA